UUGGAACCUUACCUGUCGCCAUGAUUUGAUCUUGGGUUACUUCUCACAAGAGACCAACAAGUCUACCGCGUAUCUUUCCUGUGUUUUGUAUAUCAUCCCCGUCUGGUUCUAUCGAUCAAUUCUUCAGGCGGCCAUCAUUUCCAAUCUCCCGCGCCGAGUCCCACUUCACGAGUCCUGCGCUACCUAUCUCCAUCCCGACCACCAAUUUCAUCAGCUGCCGAGUGCAUAUCGCAUUGCUUCUGAUGAGUGUUUCUUUCGCGAUACCUUGUUCAAGCCCGACAACGUCUUCAGCAGUCAUUUGAAGAUCGGCUUUUGAGAGAUUCGUCUUCACUAGGCGCGAGUUCUUAUCGGACAGCUAUUCCUCGACGUCCAACAGCUCUGCUAUAAGAGGUGGCACAACCAGCGCGGCCGUGGUUACGCAGGGGAGGAUGGCGGACUUCUCACUUGUGCCCAGCGGCCAUGGGACCAACUACACAGGGAUGCUCACAAGAAGCAUUGUCUUUUCAGCGGCUCUGUUUGUGUUUCUUGCUGCCACUGGCAUGACCAUUGCCUCCAUCAUCAUCCCCAACUGGAUAGCAUAUGAUGGAAGCACGCCCCAUGGCGACCCGGUGCAUUACACAUACGGCCUGCAUCGGAGAUGUUCGAGCACGAAUAUUCCUCCCGCCUUCGAUACUCCCUCGACCAGUUCCAUCUUUUCUCCGGCAUCCCUUCAUUGCGUGCAAUUCCCUCGAUACAAUGACUGUCGCGGAGAAGAUCGGUAUUUCUGCAGCAUGUGGAGGUCGGUGGGCUUCUUGAUGUCCUUCGCUGUUGUUUUGGAGGGCAUGACAAUCGCGGCUUUCGCAAUCCUCCUCGUGGGGGGCAAACAAAAGAGGGAACAAGGCUGGGGAGUGCUUACAAUUUUGGUUGCAUUGGCUGCGUUUGUACAGGCCAUUGGUAUGGCUUUGAUGGCUUAUCUGUAUGAAAACGACGAACGAUUCUUCUCCGGCUGGUUUCUUGACAAGAGCUGGACAAUGUGCACGGUUUCAUGGAGUUUUCAGGCGCUGUGCGCUAUUGCAAUCACUCUGGCUGCUGUAGUUCUUCCGAGCGAAGGAGGUUACGAAUUGAUUCCGGACCACGCUUAACGUGAGCAAGACUACUAUAGAAUGAAUAGGAGCGCGUAGGAAAAUGGCGUAUGGCUGGCAAUGUUUUGGCAAUGAUCAAACAGUCGUGUGUACGGACGGCGUUAUCUGGAGUGAAUCUGCUGUGUUUGUGAGCGCACGUGGUCAUCUAAGGACUCUGACGAGCUUAGUACGGAGUACCAAGUAUCGCCUCGCUGUCCGAACUUCAAGCAUGAUUACAUA